AUGGAGAAAGAAGCGCCAUCGACCACAAAGCGCUUGAAGGUUAUACUAGGGAACCAAUGCAUGGACUCAAUUGAUAGGCUGAGCAGCCUGCCGGAUUCCAUCCUCCACCAUAUUCUCUCCUUUCUCCCCACCAAGAGAUCCGUGCAGACCAGCAUCUUAUCAAGAAGAUGGAGGCAUUUGUGGGCACACGUCCCUGAUAUCGAGUUUGAUUGCCAUACUGAUCUAGAAUUAGAUGGGGGCAAGAGAUUCUCGGACAUCAUCUACAGAGUGAUGCUCCAGUACAAAGUGCAGGGCAUGAAUAAUUUUCGACUCACUUACAACGAAAAUUGUGGUGGGGAGUAUCAGCUCGAGACGUGCAUUACCACUGCCAUUGUACGCAACGUAAAGCAUAUUUAUCUCAGUAUCUAUAAUAUAGUCAGGCUGCCCCUUUGCAUCUUCACCUACGACUCCCUUGUGGAUUUAAUUCUCUUUCAAUGCGGCCCAAUCCCCAUGUUGGGCUUCGUGCGUCUGCCUGCUCUUAAGAAGCUUCAUAUUCUUGAUGUUAGUUAUGAGUCUGAGUUUGGAUGCCUCACUAACUUGCUGUCUGGUUGCCCGGUGCUUGAGGAGUUGAACUUGGUGUCAGAAAACGUGCCUCCGUGUAUUUAUCAUUGCAUAUCUUCACCCACUCUGAUUAGGCUUUACAUUAAUACAACUUUCUGGGAUUCAUAUCACAGAGAGAGGUAUAGGCUGAAGAUAGAUGCUCCGGCACUUAGAUUCCUUUGGAUAUUUGAUAAUUUAUCCAAAGAUGUCUCAUUCAAUUUGAUGCCAUCCUUAACUGCUGCGGAUGUCAAGUUGCACCAUGGUUGUACGCCUCGACGGGUUAUGCCUUGUUUGCAAUCUCUGCUACCAUUUUUGGGCAGCCUCUGUUACGUGACGCGCUUGCAAUUGGCAACUGGGUUGAUUGAGCUUUCUGAGAAUGUAUUCUCUGCUGUGCCGGUCAAGUUUCCUAAUUUGUUCGAAGUCACACUGAAUACUAAUUGGCGCUUUAUAACAUAUUUUCUUGAAAAUGCUGAUAAUCUCAAGAAGCUUAGAGUCCAUACCUUGGAUAAUUGUUCGAAAUGGUGGAUAGAGCCCCAUGAAGUGCCUUCGUGUUUGUUGUCAAGUCUGAGAUCUAUCAGAUUACUACGUUUUAUGUGUACAAAGCAAGAGUUUCAGAUGGUUGGUUAUGUUUUGAGGAAUGCUAAAGUCCUGGAGACAGGGGCGGAGGCACUUGUCAUGUUACCCGGGCUGUAG